AUGGCCCAGGGAGCUCCACGGCCGACAAAGCAAUAUCGCGCGUCUAGCUCCAACAAACCAUCAGACACCAAGGACACGGUGCUGCCGCGACAACAUCCAGACGCAGCUCGAGACGACGCAGCCACCAUUGCAUACAUCAAGCGUGUGCUCUGUCAGGGGCCACGGGAGGCAACGUCCACUCAAGGCUCGGAUACGGACUUAGCCUCCAAGGACCUCGAGGAGCUUCUGCCACCACUAACGAGUUCCAAUGCUGUGGAUGUUGAACUCUAUGCAUUCAUUGCUGUGAUACUCAGCUUUGCGGUCCAAUCAUGGUAUCAACGCAUCACCCCAGAUCAUCAAUUCGUAGGCGAAAUUGUCCAGAUCAUUGCACAUUGCACGCGGGGUCUUGAAGGGCGCCUCCGAAAUGUGGAUCUGGAAAGCCUGGUUCUGGAUGAAUUGCCUGAUUUGCUAACCGAACAUGUCAAUGCGGUGAGGAUGUCCCAAACAUCUCGAGUAAUGGGGCUUACUAUCGAACAAAGACGGCUGAGAUAUCACGCACUCCGCCCUCACAUGGCGUUGGAGCCCGUGCCAUCGAAUGCGUCCACAUCAUCAUUACAGCAAGAAAACGAGGUCGCUUGGUGUCUGCUUCUGGUCAAUCGAAUUCUGCCUCUACUGCUUCCCCCGGAAGACUUGCAGAACCCUUGUUUGGAAGUUCUGGUGUCAGAACUCUUCUCCGAGCUUAUCUUCCAUCAUGGCCUUUGUGGUAAGGCUUGUGAGCCAUGGUUGCUCUGGGAAGGAAUCACCAAGGUUGUACGACCUUUCUCCACUAGCGAGAGCAUGAACAUAUCGCGAGAUGCCUCCGGCUCACCGAAUCAAGCAUUGGGUGUACGGUCUGCCAGUCGCGCACGCGCUAGUGACCGUCUGCAUUCGCGUGGGCGCUUGGAUGCAGUUUCUCGGACGUUUUGGCUCAUAAUGCAAUCCAUGAUAACAGGCUGGAUGUUACUUCGUUCCUUCCUGAACGCCUUGAUGCAAGCAUCUUCCAUACCGCCACGAAGAAGCCGCCCCACAAAGCAGUCAUUGGAAAGAGCACGCAGAAUGUCUCGCAGCUCCGCCUUCGAUUCGCCGGCUGGCCAUGGGCUUCUGCACCAGCAACCUAUCAUUGGCAUGAGUGUCUGGGGAUGCAUGUCACAGCUACUGUCUCUCGACCGGCGCAUGCCUUGGCUGACAGGUAUGCUGUCACUGCUGCAGUGGAUGGCCUUGUGGGGACGAGGGCAGCUGUGCUGCACCAACAGCAGAUUGGACAGGUGA